GCGCCCCCCCCCCGCCCCCUAUAUUUUUCUUUUUUUAAAUAAUCUUUUUCUGCCCCAGGAAAGUCGACUUCCCCGCCGGGUGCUUUUUGGUUUGGCUCCUGACAGCUGCAGGCUUAUUUGUUUUGCUGGCCUCCGCUGGGUUCCUGCUUGAGUAAACUUUUCCUUUCCUCUCUCUCUCUCUUUCCCUCUUUGCUGGUGGGAGGGAGGGAGGGAGAGAAGCUGCUGCCGCCGCCGGACGGAUUUUUCUUUUUAAUAGUCUUGUUAUUUAAGCCUGAUGCGUUUCCGGCUUAGGUGUGCCCUGCCUGAUCCCUUUUUACAGGGAAAGGAUAACGAAAGCGAAUUGUUUUCUCUGUUUUGCAGGCUAGAGAAGGCAUUGCUGGGACCCAUUUAAUUAUCCUCCACUCCCCCCCACUCCCAUAAAUCCAACCCUCUCCAUGCUGUUUCCUUGAUGACCUGUGUCUUCUAGCAGCUUUCUUCUAAUCUCAAACAAGGAUUUUACACAGAGAAAGAGAGAGAGGAGGGCUUGCAUAUUCUAUCUCUCCUCCCCUGUCCCCCAUUUCUUUUAAUCUUCACCCAUGCUUCAUGUAGCAGCUUCCUUUGGGCCAACAAGAGCUCGGUCUCUUUACACCACUGCUCAUAGGGAGAAGGCCUGGAAAACGUGAGAGCUUUCCCCCUCUCCCUUUUCCUGAAGGAGUGGGCGGCGAAAGAUAGGAAGGGAAAAGGUGAGUUCUGUUCCUUAAGUAAUGACGCCGAAGGACUCAUGAGAAGGGAAGAAGGCGCUCCCCCUUUGACAGACACCCACCUCACCUGCCUGGCUAUGGAGUGUGUGCAGGUUUCACCUGUGCAGCCACAAGGCAAAGCUGCUGAGGGGGGGGACCGUGUGCUGCUGCUCCUGCCCUCUCCUGCUGUGCGGAAGGAAGAGGAGACCCUUUUGGGAGGCUCUGACCCCUGGCCUGCUUCCCAACUGACCAAGAGCCAAGAUGGCGUGAAGACGUUUCAAGACACUAAGGAGUUUUGUUCCAAAAGUACAGAGACCCUUCCCUCCCUCCAGGACCACCCUUAUGUCAGAGAUACUGUAGAACGUUGUACCUCGUGUUCUUUAAAGGAGGACCCAAAAGAGACCGAGAGUUGUGAUGGGGCAGAGGAGGACUUGAAAUUGUUGGGCGCUUUGAACCAUCGGCAGGAACGGUCAUCGGUCAACGAAGUGGCCGACGGUGGAGACAGCAACACCCCUUUAGUCGCAGAACCUCUUGGGACGACCGUUCCAGAAUGCCUCGGGGACAAGGAACGGUCUGCUGCUGAGCAAAAUAACCAUUUGCCUGAUAAGGCGGAGUCCUCUCCUCAGAACUGCGGUUUGAGCUUGGAAACAGCCAGCGGGGACACACCAGCAGAUGACCUGUUAAGCCAGGGCUCCCCGUCUGUGGAUGAGGGGAAGCUUAAGCCUGGGGCAAAGCACGUGACUUUCCCUUCUGAUGAAGACAUCGUGUCUGGCGCUGUGGAGCCGAAGGAUCCUUGGCGGCAUGCCCAGAAUGUGACUGUGGAAGAAGUUCUCACCGCCUACAAGCAAGCCUGUCAAAAGUUAAAUUGCAAACAGAUCCCCAAACUACUGAAGCAGAUCCAGGAAUUCAAAGAUCUAACCCCUAGGAUAGAUUGCCUGGAUCUGAAAGGUGAAAAAUUAGACUACAAGGCUUGUGAAGCCCUGGAAGAGAUUUUUAAGCGCCUCCAAUUUAAAAUUGUGGAUUUGGAGCAAACCAGCCUGGAUGAAGAU